AUGUCCGACGCACCCGCCGCCGCAUCGCGGCCACCACGCGACGUCGUGGCACGCGAGCGCGAGGCGGCCAAGGAGGCCAAGCGCCUCGCAAAGGAGGCCAAGCAGGCGCGCAGGGGGACCGAGGGCGCAGCUGCACCCCCAGCUGCCGCUGGGCCGAGCAAGGCAGGCAAGGCGCCGGCUGCACAGGCAGGGCAGCAGGCUGCACCGGCCAAGGGUGCGCCUGCUGCGGUGAAGAAGGACGGCCCGUCCAAGCCUCCAGCACCCACGCCCGUCGAGGCAGCGCCGACGACUGUGCCGCGCCUGCCAUCGCCCCGCGUCGUGUCGCUGUUCAGCAACGUCGCAGUGCCACGCACAGGGCCGCUCGACUCGCUCGCCUCCUCUCUGCGCACCUCGAUCCACCCUUCAGUCCUCACGCUGGCACAACACCUCGCGAACUUCAGCAUCGUCGGUGCCGAUGCGCGCGCCAUUGCGGUGCUCGGCGCACUGCGCGACUUUGUCGCCGACUACCGCACGCCCGAGGGCGCCGUGCUGAGCCGCGAUCUCGUGCAGCGCCUCGCGCCGCAGAUCGCCGCACUGGCACAGGCGCGGCCACUCGGCGCCAGCGUCGAGCAUGCGAUUCGCUUCCUCAAGUACGAGGUCAGCGUGACGCCCGUCGAGUCGAGCGAGAGCGAGGCACGCGCACACAUCCUCUCCACCAUCGACCACUUCAUCCGCGACCGCAUCACGCACGCCGCGCGCACCAUUGCCUCGAGCCUCGCCGCAGACAGGAUCCGCGCAGAGGGCGAGGUGGUGCUCACGUUUGGGCGCAGCUCCGUCGUCGAGGCGGCGCUGCUCGAGGCGAAGCGGAAGGGCAGCCGCUUCGAGGUGAUUGUCGUCGACGCACAGCCGCUCUGCGAAGGCCGGAGACUGCUCGCCACGCUCCUUGCGCACGACGUUCCCUGCACCUACGCGCUGCUCACCUCGCUGCCGACGCUCAUGCCGCGCGCCUCGCUCGUGCUGCUCGGCACCGCCGCCGUGCUAGCCAAUGGCGCGCUCUACGCACGCGCCGGCACGGCUGCGGUCGCGAUGCUGGCGGCGGAGCGGCAGGUGCCCGUCGUCGUGGCGUGCCAGACGUACAAGUUCAGCGAGCGCAUCAUGCUCGACGCACUGAGCGGCAACGAGGCUGGCGACCCCACCGCGAUGCUCGCGCACGGCGACGCCCCCACCGCCGCACCCACCUCCGACGCUGACUCGCACGCGCGCCUAACGCACGCCGAGGUGCUGCGCACGCCGACUCUCGGCGUCGCCAGCCUGCUCUACGACGUCACGCCGCCGCGCUUCGUCGGGCACGUCUGCUCCGAGGCCGGCCUAAGCGGGCCCGAGAGCGUCGCCGAGCUGCUGCGCGACUUUAAGAGCGCUCCCUACAUGCACAAAUAA